AAGUGCUUUGUGUUUGCUGGGCCUAGGCAUCGUAAUGGGCCCUACGUUGGCUGUGGAUAUUUGCGAGUAUCAAAUGAAUGGAGUACGUUUGGCUCAUCCAGCGGAUUGUAAUAAGUUUGUGGUGUGUGAAAAUGGCAUUAGUGAACGUAUAGUUAAUUGUCCCUUAGGAUUACACUUCAAUCGUUUUUAAGGGAGUGUGAUUUAAGGCAACGGGCUUACUGCGAUAUUGGAGUAUAUAAAUUUGGCUAUUGAGAAUCCAGAUUGUUCAGCUUGUUGUGCUCAGUUUGGAUGUGUUAUAAAUCCGGAAUGUCCAGUUACACCGGCGACUCCUGAAACACCAGCUACUCCGGAACUCCUACACCGGAGUGUCCUGGAACUCCUGCUACACCUGAAACACCAGGUACACCAGAAACCCCUGAAACUCCUGCAACACCGGAAACUCCUGCAACGCCUGAGACACCAGAAACUCCAGCCACGCCUGAAACACCGGAAACUCCUGCAACUCCCGAAACACCAGCCACUCCUGAAACUCCUGCUACUCCCGAAAGCCCAGCCACUCCCGAAACCCCCAUCCACUCCCGAAACCCCAGCCACUCCCGAAACUCCUGCAACUCCCGAAACCCCAGCAACUCCUGAAACUCCUGCUACGCCCGAAACCCCAGCCACUCCCGAAACACCUGCCACAGAGAACAAUUGUUCUAACAAUAUAACCGAUUGUCUGGACAAACCUGAUGGUAAUGUUUCAUAUGUCGACGGCACGUGCAAUCAAUAUAUUGUUUGUGUAGGUGGUUGUGCCAAUAUAAUCACCUGUCCUAAUAAUUUGCAAUAUAAUCUGACAACUCAGAAGUGUGAUUAUCCCGAAAAUGUUGACUGUCCCUGGCAGUCAAUACCUCCAGCAACUGGUCCAUCUGGUGUAGCAUGUGCCCAGCCCGGUAAAUGUGCUGGUAAACCAGAUGGCACAAUGUUUGCUGAUUCUAAGGGCAGCGGUUAUAUUGUGUGUCAGUGUGAGUGUGAGAUAGAGAGACCUUGUCCCAAUGGUACUAAAUUUGAUGACCAACUGUUGACUUGUGCUCAUGCUGAGGGUGGUGGUAAUGGAAGCAAUAGUGAAAAUGGAAGUGGAAAUGGAAACGGCAGUGAAAAUGGAAGCGGCAGUGAAAAUGGAAGCGGAAGUGGAAAUGGAAGCGGCAGUGAAGUGGAAGCGGCAGUGGUAACGGAAGUGGCAGUGGAAAUGGCAGUGAAAAUGGAAGCGGCAAUGAAAUGGAAGCGGAGUGAAAAUGGAAGUGGUAGUGGAAAUGGAAGCGGCAGUGAAAGUGGAAACGGAAGUGGCAGUGGAAAUGAAAACGGAAGCGGUAGUGGUAAUGGCAGCGAAAAUGGAAGUGGUAGUGGCAAUGAAAUCCCACAAAAUGUUACUUGCUCUAAUGAUGUACAAAUCUGUAAAAAUGAAACCGAAGGAGCACUCUUUCCCAUCGAUGGCGCCUGUAAUAAAUUCUACAAAUGCAACUAUGGUUGUGCUGUCGAAAUCCUUUGUCCCAAUAAUCUUGUCUAUAAUCCCGCCACCGAAUACUGUGACUAUCCACAAAACUAUAAAUGUCCAUGGCCAUAUCAACCACCAUCUGGUCCCACUGCCGGUCCAUCGGGUAUUGCUUGUCCCAAUGGUGGACGUUGUGUGGGUCAAGCUGAGGGCACUAUGUUCCCCUCACUGAACAGUUGCUCUAAGUAUGUGAUAUGUCAAUGUGAGUGUGAAGUAGAGAUGAAUUGUUCGGGCGGUUUGUACUGGGAUCAACAAUUGUUGACAUGUAACUAUCCUCAAAAUGUUAAUUGCAAAUUACUUCUCCUCAGCACACUGGUCCAUCGGGUGUUGCGUGUGCUCAAUCCGGCAAGUGUGCCGGGCAAUCGGAUGGUGUUAUGUUUGCUAGUACUAAGACUAAUGGAUUUGUUGUAUGCCAAUGUGAAUGUGAAAUCGAAAGACCCUGUCCCCGUUGGUACUAAGUUUGAUGGAAAACAGCAAACUUGUGUUCAUGUGAAUGAGAGUGGUACUGGCGGUACUACUGGUCCUUCAGGUGUUACUUGUGCUCAGCGCGGAAAGUGUGCAGGUAAACCGGAUGGCACUAUGUUUGCUAGUUCAAAGGGCAAUGGCUAUACUGUGUGUCAGUGCGAGUGUGAAAUUGAUAUGCCCUGUCCCGUUGGUACUAAGUUUGAUGAAAAACUGCAAACUUGCGCACAUGAGGGUGGCAAUGAAAAUGGAGGAAACGGUGGUCAGGUGUCUUGCCCUUCUAGUGUAACCUGUACCAAACCUGGCAAGUGUGCCGGUCAAGCUGAUGGCACUAUUUUUGCUGAUCCCAAAAGUAAUGGUUAUAUAGUUUGUGAGUGUGAGUGUGAGACUAAAAAAUCUUGUCCUGCCGGUUCUAAGUUUGAUGAACAAUUACUGAUUUGUGUCCAUGAGGAUGUAUCUUGUCCUUCUGGUGUAACCUGUACCAAACCUGGCAAGUGUGCCGGUCAAGCUGAUGGCACUAUUUUUGCUGAUCCCAAAAGCAAUGGUUAUAUAGUUUGUGAAUGUGAGUGUGAGACCAAAAAAUCAUGUCCUGCUGGUUCUAAGUUUGAUGAACAAUUACUGAUUUGUGUCCAUGAGGAUGUAUCUUGUCCUUCUGGUGUAACCUGUACCAAACCUGGAAAGUGUGCCGGUCAAGCUGAUGGCACUAUUUUUGCUGAUCCCAAGAGCAAUGGUUAUAUCGUAUGUGAAUGUGAGUGUGAGAUUAAAAAAACCUGUCCUGCCGGUUCUAAGUUUGAUGAAGAACAGCAAUCUUGUGUACAAGUGAAUGAGAGUGGUACUGGUGGUACUACUGGUCCUUCGGGGGUUACUUGUGUGCAGAGCGGAAAGUGUGCAGGUAAACCGGAUGGCACUAUGUUUGCUAGUUCAAAGGGCGAUGGCUAUACUGUGUGUCAGUGCGAGUGUGAAAUUGAUAUGCCCUGUCCCGUUGGUACUAAGUUUGAUGAAAAACUGCAAACUUGCGCACAUGAGGGUGGCAAUGAAAAUGGAGGAAACGGUGGUCAGGUGUCUUGCCCUUCUGGUGUAACCUGUACCAAACCUGGCAAGUGUGCCGGUCAAGCUGAUGGCACUAUUUUUGCUGAUCCCAAAAGUAAUGGUUAUAUAGUUUGUGAAUGUGAGUGUGAGACUAAAAAAUCUUGUCCUGCCGGUUCUAAGUUUGAUGAACAAUUACUGAUUUGUGUCCAUGAGGAUGUAUCUUGUCCUUCUGGUGUAACCUGUACCAAACCUGGCAAGUGUGCCGGUCAAGCUGAUGGCACUAUUUUUGCUGAUCCCAAAAGUAAUGGUUAUAUAGUUUGUGAAUGUGAGUGUGAGACUAAAAAAUCUUGUCCUGCCGGUUCUAAGUUUGAUGAACAAUUACUGAUUUGUGUCCAUGAGGAUGUAUCUUGUCCUUCUGGUGUAACCUGUACCAAACCUGGCAAGUGUGCCGGUCAAGCUGAUGGCACAAUUUUUGCCGAUCCCAAAAGCAAUGGUUAUAUCGUUUGCGAAUGUGAGUGUGAGACUAAAAAAACUUGUCCUGCCGGUUCUCAGUUCGAUAACCAAUUACUGAUUUGUGUGCCUGUGAACGAGGGUGGUGAAGGUAGUGGUAAUGGCAAUGGAAAUAACUCCAACGUUAUUUGUAACAAUGAUGUUAAAAUCUGCAACGAACAACCUGAGGGCACUCUAUUCCCCGUUGAUGGCGAAUGCAAUAAAUUUUACAAAUGCAACUAUGGUUGUGCCGUCGAAAUUCUUUGCCCCAAUAAUCUUGUCUACAAUCCUAUCAAAGAAUACUGCGACUAUCCCCAAAACUAUAAAUGUCCUUGGCCAUAUCAACCACCUUCUGGUCCCACUGCCGGUCCAUCGGGCAUUGCCUGUCCCAGUGGAGGACGUUGUGUUGGGCAAGCUGAGGGCACUAUGUUCCCCUCACUUAACAGUUGCUCUAAGUAUGUUAUAUGUCAAUGUGAGUGUGAGGUUGAGAUGAAUUGUUCGAAGGGUUUGUACUGGGAUCAACAGUCGUUGACCUGUAACUACCCUCAUAAUGUAAAUUGCAAAUCUUUUGCUGUGCUAGCAUUGGUGGAUUACACUUCGGCUAGCGUUUGCAGUGCGGAUAAUGUUGGACAACGUAUUGCGUUGCCAACAAGUUGUUCGAAAUUUCUCGUUUGUUCUCGUAAUCGUCGCGUUAUUGUAAGAGAAUGUCCCAAAGGUUUACACUUCAAUCGCGAAUUGGAAAUGUGUGAUUUACCUUCGAGAUCGAAUUGCAGAUAUGCGGAAGUGUUUGCUGCUACAACUCAAUGUGAAUCGUGUGAUUGUGAUGCUUGUUGCAAUGUUACAACACCAAAACCCAAUACAACGACUCCCAAACCAAAUGAGCCAGAAGUAAGCACACCCUGCGAAACGCCAGCAGCACCAACAACAACCCCAAAACCUACUACUACUCCGAAACCAACUACAACACCAAAGCCAACUACGACUCCAAAACCAACAACAACACCAAAGCCCACCACAACUCCAAAACCCACUACAACUCCCUGUGAAAGUACACCAGAACCAACUACAACUCCAAAACCAACAACAACUCCCAAACCAACUACAACUCCAAAAAAACAACAACUCCCAAACCAACAACAACUCCAAAACCCACUACAACUCCCUGUGAGAGUACACCAGAACCAACUACAACUCCCAAGCCAACUACAACCCCCAACCAACCACAACACCAAAGCCCCACUACAACUGCCCUGUGAGAGUACACCAGACCCAACUACAACUCCCCAAACCAACUACAACUCCCAAACCAACUACAACUGCCCCAACCAACCACUGACUCCCAAAACCAACCACAACUCCCAAACCAACCACAACACCAAAGCCCACUACAACUCCCUAGUACACCUGAACCAAACUACAACUCCAAAACCAACCACAACUCCAAAACCAACUACAACUCCCAAGCCAACCACAACACCAAAGCCCACUACAACUCCAAAACCUACAACAACUCCCUGUGAGAGUACACCUGAACCAACUACAACUCCAAAACCAACCACAACUCCAAAACCAACUACAACUCCAAGAACCAACUACAACUCCAAAACCAACCACAACUCCAAAACCAACUACAACUCCCAAGCCAACCACACACCAAAGCCCACUACAACUCCCUGUGAGAGUACACCAGAACCAACUACUACUCCCAAACCAACUACAACUCCAAAACCAACUACAACACCAAAGCCCACCACAACUCCAAAACCCACUACAACUCCAAAACCCACUACAACUCCAAAACCAACUACAACACCAAAACUAACCACAACUCCCUGUGAAAGUACACCAGAACCAACUACUACUCCCAAACCAACUACAACUCCAAAACCAACCACUACUCCCUGUGAACAAACACCCACUCCAACACCAACUCCUACACCCACUCCAACAACUCCCUGUGGACAAACACCCACUCCAACUCCUACACCCACUCCUACUCCAACACCCACUCCUACUCCUACACCCACUCCAACACCCACACCAACACCCACACCAACACCCACUCCAACACCCACUCCAACACCCACUCCAACACCCACUCCUACACCAACUCCUACACCCACUCCAACCCCCGGUAAGGUUACCCCAACUAUACCCGGACCAACUACACCCACCGAGUGUGAAGGUGUCUGCUGCGGCAAACCAAAUGGCUCCAAGCUUCCUGGCGAUACCUGCCAACAGUUCAUCGUUUGCCAAAACAAUCAACAGGUGAUUUUCGAAUGUCCCAAUAAUCUACACUACAACUCAGCUACCGGCUCAUGUGAUUUCCCCGAAAAUGCCAAAUGCGAUAAACCCUAUACACCACCAAGUGGCCCCAGUGCCGGUCCUUCCGGUACCCAUUGUGCCAAUGGCGGUCGUUGUGUUGGAAAACCCGACGGCACCUAUUUCACCGAUGCCAAAAAUAAGUGCAGUGCCAAUUAUGUGAUCUGUCAGUGUGAAUGUGAAGUUGAACGUUCGUGCAGCAGUCCUUUGAUGUUCAACGGCAACUUGGGCGUUUGUGAUUGGCCCACAGCUUUCGGUUGUUAAACGACAAAACGAUUAAAGCGAUUUAAAUGAAUGAUGUUAAAGUAUAUCUAAUUAUUGCUCUUGUAUCUGAAACUCUGUAUGAAUUUAAAAAAAAUUACUAAUAAUAAUAAUAAUAAAUAAAUUGAAUGUUAAUUUAAAGUUUAUAAAAGAA